AUGGAUGAAGUAUUUGAGCCUGACACAAUCGACGUUCAAGUUGAUGAUUUUGUAAAAACCAAAUCAGUUUCAAGAUGCAAAGAUGAAUUCCUUAAUGUUCUUUGUGAAGACGGUGAUGACGAACCAGUAGAAGGUGAAGGAGAGAAUGCUCGAGUGGAAGUAGAUGAUGAGAAAAACACUGAAGAAUCUAGUGAUGAAGAUGAAAUCGUAUACUCCAUCCAUAAUCCGAAGGUCAAAUGGAAUGUGAUGAAACAGAUUAUUGGAGAAAGGUAUGAAUCUAGACAUGAACUGAAAUUAUGCUUAACAAAUUAUUCCAUCUAUAAGGGUUAUAAAAUUCGUUUCAAGAAGUGUGAUAGUGUUAGACUAGUGGCUGUGUGUGCUACUGAUCCAGAAAAAUGCCCUUUUAUGGUUCGUGCUUCAUGGAUGAGUACUGAAAAUUCAUUCCAUGUGAAAAAGAUGAAUGAUAGGCAUACAUGUGUUAGUAAUUUUAGUAGUUCAAGGCUUAUGAAUCCAACUUGGUUAGCAAAGUAG